GGGUUUCAUCCAGAGAGAGGGAGAGAGGUUUCGUUGGAUGGAUAGAAAAAAACGGAGAGAGACAGAGAUUCUGUGUGAGGCGGGAGGAUGCUGUUGCCAGGGAACAAGGGUGAAAUAAAGAUGUUCAUCUUUUACAGCUUGUGAAAUGAUGGAAAGUCAUUUGGAAAUGGGAGCGGGAAGAACUGAACAUGAGGAAAACAGGUGAUCGUGACUUUGAACAUAAUCUAGCAGAAGGGUGACAUGAUUUGCCUUCCUGCCUUCCUGCCUCCAUCAACAAGCAACAGGAACUGCGUGGCAGAGUGCGACACCUGGAUAAGGUCAGCAGUGAUGAUCGUCACGCAGCCACUUUAAAGUAAAGAAUAAUACAAAACAGCAAGGAGGAGAGCUCCGUUGUUAUAUCGAGCUGCAGCCUGUCCUCCCCAGCAGAGGAUGGGAACAGCAGAAGCCACUUUACGCAUGGACAGCAUGGAGGUCAAGGAUGAGUGGCAGGACGAGGACUUUCCCAGGCCUCUCCCAGAGGACGGAGAUGCUGACUCCUGUGGUCUAACUGACACCAGAACCAAUCCUCCCACCAGUUUGAAUGUGGGGGACUCCAUAAACCAGCGAAAACGUCGCACCCUGGUGGCGCCAGACAUGAACUUGUCCCUAGAUCAGAGUGAGGGCUCUGUCCUCUCCGAAGACUUCCUGGAGACGCCUGACGACCUUGACAUCAACAUUGAUGAUAUCGAGACUCCAGAUGAGACAGACUCACUUGAAUUCAUGAACAAUGGCAACGAGCUGGAGUGGGAAGAUGACACUCCGGUGGCCACCGCCAAGCGUCUUCCAGGUGAAGGUGAGGAGGAGAGAGACUCGUCAGGUCGUCUGUGGCGGACAGUGAUAAUCAGUGACCAGGAGCAGCGCAUUGACAUGCAGAUCAUCAGACCUUACCUGCGUGUGGUCACACAUGGAGGUUAUUAUGGCGAGGGCCUGAACGCCAUCAUCGUUUUUGCAGCCUGCUACCUCCCGGACAGCAGCUGUGACGACUACACCUACAUCAUGGAAAAUCUCUUUCUGUAUGUGGUGAGCAGCCUGGAGCUGCUGGUGGCUGAAGAUUACAUGAUUAUUUACUUGAACGGAGCGACUCCUCGCAGGAAGAUGCCAGGAAUCAGCUGGCUGAAGAGAUGCUACCAGAUGAUUGACAGGAAACUGAGAAAAAAUCUGAAGUGUCUCAUUAUUGUGCACCCAACGUGGUUUAUCCGGACCGUCCUGGCUAUCUCAAGGCCAUUCAUCAGUGUGAAGUUCAUGGAUAAAAUCCGAUAUGUUCACACCCUGGAGGAGCUUAGCCACAUAAUCCCUAUGGAGCAUGUGCAGAUCCCUGAAUGUGUGCUGCAGUACGAUGAUGAUAAAUUAAAAGCACAAAAAGACAGACUGGAACACGAACAGAAGCAGACUAACGCCAUACUUCCUAAAGAAAGACCAAAGUCGAUGAUAGCAGAGGUCAGACGCGACGUGUUACCUUAGAACUUGGAGGUUGAAGAACUGAAACGUGUCCAUUCCUUAAAAAAUGAACCAGCAUCACAAGCUUCUUGAAGGAGUAAAUCCCAUGAAUGAGUCUAUUUUUUGCAGGACAAUCUUUCCUCAGUAUUUUUCAUCUUUUACACAUCUAACAGUUUAAAAUCUGCAACAAGACAUUACAGCUUCAGUCAAAACCUGAAUGAAUCUGCCUCAUGCAUGUACCGCUAAGUGGAAUCAUAAGAGCAUGAACUUAAAUAUUUUAAACGAAAAGAAAAUACAGAAAACCUAAUUCUUCUAGGAGACUUUGACACAUUGUAUUUGUAAGAUAUUUUUAAAGAAACACGAUUGCACAUGAACAGUUUUGUUCAGUUUUAAGGAUAUUUCAUGAAAAAAAUGGAUGUUCUUCUUCUUAAACCUAUGUUAAAUGUCACUGAUGCAAAAUGUGUUGCAGUUUUGAAGAUUUUCACAGAUGAAUAUGCAGUUGGCAUGCUUCCUGGUGUCCUUCCCUUCUUUGGAAUGUGUUUUAGUCAUUUUUUAAAGUUCUGCAAAAGACAUUUUUAUGAAACAAAAGAGGGUAUAUUGUCAUAUGAGAUGUUGUAUAUUUAUUUAAAGAAAGAACUUGAAUAAUUUGUUAAAUGUUCAUGACAGUGUGCCAUUUACUGUUUGUAAAAAUAAAUAAAUGAAAGAGCCAAUCAAAA